AUGCUGCCAUCUACUGCCUUCCGUCUCUCGCGACAUCCUCAUCUGCUCUGGAGGAAUUCGAUCUAUAGUCAACGUCGUCAUGGGUACUUAUCGACCCUCACUACCAAAUCUGCAUUGUUGACGGCUCAGAAUGCCCGAUCUCGUCCCUCUCUUGCCUUAACCCUGACAUCAACUUCGCGAACCCACACCACGGCAGCUCAGUCUCUUCAACUCGAUGUGAAGACCCCUAACCCGGCAACCCAUUACAUUCCACCCCAGACCGGUCUGGUCGCCUCAUUGCCCUCAUCGUGGAUUCCGUAUGCUGAGUUGGUCCGCCUGGAUAAACCCACUGGCACAUAUUAUCUCUUCUUCCCGACUCUUUUUUCCACCCUCCUGGCCGCCCCCAUGGCCACCCACGUCACUCCAAUGCAGUUACUCGGCACGGCCGGACUCUUUUCACCGGGGCCUUGA